AUGCACUCAUAUAUCCGACCUUUCCAGCAUGUUGCUUUGCGACUGCCGUCCGAUGCGACAAAAAUCGUUAAAGUUGAACCUAAUACGUUAAUCUUUUUGGGGAAAUAUGGGAGUUUUCCUGCCAACCAAAUCAUCGGACGGCCGUUUUACCUGACCUUCGAGAUCCUGUCCACCCCGGGAGAAAGCAAUGGCAGCAGUUUGCGCAUCAUCCCGGCCGCCGAACUACACGCAGAAUCCUUAAUAACAGAAGGAGAGGGGGAUGGCGAGGGUGAUGAAGCGGAAAUGAACACCGACAACCCCCCUAUGCGCACCAAUCGUGAAACCGUGGACGAUGGGUCGGCACAAAGAAUGACACUGGAAGAAAUAGAGGCGUUGAAAAAAGAGUCCUCCGGAUCAGGCAGAGAGAUCAUUGCGAAGCUCCUGGAAUCGCAUUCUGCUUUAGAUCAGAAAACCGCAUUCUCGCUUGCCAAAUAUACGUUACGCAAAAGAAAGAAGUACAUGAAACGAUUCACGGCCCUUCCCCUAGACGUCAGCCUUCUUACGAAUUAUAUGCUACAUGAAAAGGAUGCGUCAAAAUCCUUGGAGCUCCGCGACGAAUUGUUAGGCCUUCUGGGGUGCUGGGGAAAUGUACACCACGGCGGAGACGCUUCCCUAGAUAAGGCUAUCGCUUCAAAGCCAAAUGGGCGCUACCUCGUCAUUGAUGACACUGGUGGCUUGGUUGUUGCCGCAAUGGCUGAGAGGAUGGGUAUUCUCUAUCCUCAUGAUGGGGAGGAUGAAGGGGAGCAAACGUCGGCCAACGAGCCGACUUCCCACAAGCCGGAAGAAGUAGAUGGGCUUCAAAAUGGCGAAGGGAACAAAUCUAAGGAUAUUUCUGCGCAACGUCUAGCUCGCCGAGGCCAUAUGUCUGCACGAGGAAACUCCAUUACUCUUAUCCAUUCAAACAUGCAGGCCAAUCUCUCCCUUUUGAAAUAUUUUGGAUAUGACCAGGAUAAUGCCAGUCCAUCCCAUCCUCUCUAUGCGCAUCUGAAAACCGUCUCUUGGAUGCAAUUACUUGAUCCUAAUGCAGAUAUUAUUUAUUCCCAAGAACCCCCGGUUAUUGCAGACGCAGAGUUGGCCACCCUCAAACCCAACAAGCGGAAUGCAUACCAUCGGAAGCGAAGUAGAUGGAUGCGAGUUCGGAGGGUUGUUGAUGAAACCCGAGCCGGUGGUUUUGACGGACUCAUUAUCGCAAGCCUGUCAGAUCCUGAUAGUUUGUUAAAACAUGCCGUUCCUCUGUUGGCUGGGUCUGCCCCGGUCGCAGUCUACUCCCCAACAAUUGAACCCUUAACCGAGCUUAUGGAUUUGUACUCCACCGCAAGGAAAACUGCAUUCCUCAAUAAAAAGCAAGAGCUGAAAGAGAGGAGACAGCAACGUUCCAGCAGUGCAGAUUUUCAAAAUACCGACUUCCCAGAACUCUCCGAAGAAUUCUACAUUGAUCCUACACUUCUACUCGCACCGACUAUUGAGACAUCCCGAGUACGUCCGUGGCAGGUCCUUCCAGGUCGCACGCAUCCGCUAAUGUCCGGACGUGGCGGUGCUGAGGGCUAUAUAUUCCAUGCCAUCCGGGUAAUUCCCACUCAAGAGUCCAUCCAGGCUGCUGGUGCCGCUAGUCGGAAAAAGAGAAAGACUACAGUGAAGGACACGCCUACAACCACGGCGGACAGUGGCAGUGCUACUAAGGUUCUACCCCCGCUGCAUACAUCACCGCUACUCAAAUCUGCUAUCAUUGCCAUCGGCGCUUUGGAUGCCGCGCGCCAUGCCUCAGCUAGCAUUUACAGGGACCAAGAGACCCCUCAUUUUAUUGCGUUGAGCUCCUACUCCAGCUCUCUCCGCGCAUUGCAAACGGCAUUAACAGACGGUGAUGUUACUCAUAGAGAAGGCGUGCUCUGGGGUAUCUUCUUCCUAGGCCUGUUCGAGCUUAUGGUCGAUCCAUCUGGUGAAGGCUGGGCAAAGCAUAUGUUAUCCGGGUCUUCCAGGCUUCUCCAGCUUGAGGGACGGCGGAAAUUGUUCACUCUGCGGCGGAUAUUCUUUGAGCUCUUUCCUAUACCCGAGGCCAGUAGAACACUUUCGUAUGGUGUGACUACAACCCUGUCCCAACCUGACUGGCUGAUCUUGCGACGGUAUACAUCCUUCGCAACAACGGGCUGGGAUGGCUUGGAAAUCAUGCCCAAUCCGGACCUCUGCAUUUAG